UUCAAAAUGGCGGCCAGACUCGAGGGAAGAGAUGUUUGCGAAGUCAGAAAUUGCCAUGAUAAGUUAGUAUGAUUCGAAGUCCAUUGUGGUGACGCGUUGGUAGCAACAAGAUAACACAAUGAUUCCUAAGAUGAGAAGUCUGAGAUGUCUUCAUCUUCGCUGUUUCCGCCUGUUUCACCCACGGCAUUAUGCCAACGAUCAAUCGAUCAAGCCUAAAGCUGUUGCAUUUGACAUGGGAGGGGUGGUGCUCCCCUCACCAGUCCCCCUGUUUCAUCAGUUUGAAGAUAACCAUGGUCUCCAAAGAGGUUCCAUUGCUGCAGCUAUUAAUGCUGGUGGUGAAAGAGGUAUCUGGGCACAGUUUGAAUGUGGAACUCUUUCACCUGAAGAAUUUUCAGACAAGUUUGGAGAAUACCUGCAGUCAGUAACCAGCAAAAGUGUGAGCGUGAAAGAUCUAAUUGGUGGCAUUCAAACAGCCAUGGUAGAGCCCCAUCCUGAAGUAAUAACAGCUAUUCAGUGUAUAAGAGCAGAGGGCCUAAAGACUGCUUUGAUUACAAACAAUUGGUUGAUGGACAAUGGGAAGUCAUUUUGUCCAGUAGAUGGAAGACAUUUUGAUGUGGUUUUAGAGUCAGCAUUGGAGGGUUCAAGAAAACCAGAGGAAAAAUUUUACCACAAGUUGUUGGACAGGCUCAAGAUGAAGCCGGAGGAGGUGGUGUUUUUAGAUGAUUUUGGCAAAAAUUUGAAACCAGCACAGAAAAUGGGAUUUCAAACAAUAAAGGUUGAUGACAUAAGAAGUGCUUUGCAUGAGCUGGAGAUCAUUCUUAGUUUUCCACUUAAAGGUUUUGUUGCUGGGACCACAGCUGUGCGUAAAAGUCACCAGAUUCCUGUGGAGUCCCUUGUUAGUUACCUGAAUAAUGAACUUGGCUUAAAGCAGGAAGGCCCCCCAAUAAUUCGUCAGUUUAAACAUGGUCAGUCCAAUCCCACUUACUAUGUGGAAUAUGGAGGACAAAAGCUGGUGAUCAGGAAAAAACCUCCUGGAAAGCUUCUUCCUUCUGCUCAUGCCGUGGAAAGAGAAUAUAAGGUGAUGAAAGCACUUGGAUCUGCUGGUGUUCCUGUUCCAAAAACUCUAGCUUUGUGUGAAGAUAGCAGCAUAAUUGGAACACCAUUUUAUGUCAUGGAAUAUGCCCAAGGACGGUUAUUCAAGGAUCCAUCUUUGCCUGGCAUGUCAAUGGAGGAGAGAAAAGAGAUUUACCACGCAAUGAAUGAAACUCUUUUCAAGAUUCAUGAUGUUGACAUUGAUGCUGUUGGACUUGGAGACUUUGGUAAACGAGGAAACUAUAUUCGACGUCAAACAGAGAGAUGGGCCAAACAAUACGAGGCCAGCAAGACACAUGAAAUACCCUCAAUGGACAAACUUAUUUCAUGGCUAUUGGAGAAUGUACCAGAAAAUGACACAACAACAGUUGUUCAUGGAGACUUCAGACUAGACAAUUUGAUUUUCGACGAAAAAAAGCCCGAAGUAAUAGCAGUGCUAGACUGGGAACUGUCCACUCUUGGUGAUCCACUGUCCGACUUGGCAUACAACUGUCUGCCACAUCACCUACCUCCAAAUUUCCCAGCUUUGACAGGUUUUGCCGACCGUGAUCCCAGUUCUCUUGGCAUUCCAACCGACAUUCAGUACAUGCAGGAGUAUUGUCAGCGAGCAGGCAUUCCAUCUGUCGAAAAAUGGAACUUUUACAUGGCUUUUUCGUUUUUUCGUGUGGCUGCCAUUCUUCAAGGAGUCUACAAAAGGGCUCUUCAAGGUCAGGCCAGCUCGGAAAAUGCCAAAGCUGUGGGUGCACUGGCUGAGUCGAUGGCGAAGACCGGGUGGAAGUUAGCCUCUCAAGGCACUGGACCCAAUGGUCAUACUGAUAGAGGGAAACUGGGAGGAACAAAGAGAAUGUAUUCUACUUCUGCUCAUACAGGUUCUCCAGGCCCGUUACCAUCUGACCUGAAGUCCCUUCCGUCUCGCGUGCAAGACAUGUAUCAACAACUGACUGACUUCAUGAGUGAGUACGUGUAUCCGAACGAGGCUGAGCUCAGUAGGCACCAAGCCUCUGAAGAUUGUUGGACGCCUCAUCCGCUGGUAGAGGAAAUUAAGGAAAAAGCCAAAUCUGUGGGUCUGUGGAAUCUGUUCAUUCCAAUUGAAGCGGAUCCGGAAGUUAGAUAUGGUGCCGGACUGACGAAUGUUGAAUACGCUUUCUUGUGCGAGGUGAUGGGAAGAUCAAUAUACGGACCCGAGAUGUUCAACUGUUCUGCUCCAGACACUGGCAACAUGGAAGUUUUGAUCAAAUAUGGCACAGAAGAACAGCGGGAAGGUUGGUUGCGUCCACUUUUAGAUGGAAAAAUAAGAUCGUGCUUUGCUAUGACAGAACCUAAGGUUGCCUCUUCGGACGCCACUAACAUCGAGUCUUCAAUCAUAUUAGAUGGCGAGAAUUACAUCAUCAAUGGACACAAAUGGUGGACAUCAGGUGGUAUGGAUCCUCGAUGUAAGAUCUGUAUUUUUAUGGGAAAAACUGAUCCUGAUGCUCCAAAACACAAGCAACAGGCAAUGAUUCUUGUUCCCAUGGACACGCCCGGAGUCACGGUGGUGCGACCCUUAUCCGUUCUGGGUUACCAAGACCCACCGUGUGGUCAUGCUGAAGUCAUUUUCAAAGAUGUUCGAGUACCAAAAGAUAAUCUCUUAUUGGGACCUGGGAGAGGAUUUGAGAUUGCCCAGGGUCGCUUGGGCCCAGGUCGUAUUCACCACUGUAUGCGUCUGAUAGGACAGGCCGAGAGAUCCCUGGAGCUGAUGAUCGAGAGGGUCAAAAGAAGAGUGGCUUUUGGCAAACCUCUUGUAGAGCAAGGAACUAUUUUGCAAGACAUUGCUGAGUCUAGAAUAGAAAUCGAACAAGCCAGACUUCUGACCCUAAAAGCUGCUCAUCUAAUGGAUACAGUAGGAAAUAAGGCCGCUGCACCGGAGAUCGCUAUGAUUAAAGUUGUCGCUCCGAGAAUGGCUCAAAAUGUCGUUGACAGAGCAAUGCAGGCAUUUGGUGGUGCAGGUCUUUCUUCCGAUCAGCCGCUGGCUCAGUUUUGGUCGUGGGCUCGUGUUCUCCGACUCGCGGACGGCCCUGACGAGGUGCAUCUUGGGGCAUUGGCCAAGCGAGAAGUAAAGAAAACCAUGGGCAAGGACCAAUAAAUACAAUAGUUGUCACGGUGGGGUAGGGGUUGGGAUGAAUUGUUACACAUAUGCUCUACUACUACCAUAAUAGUUAAGUCCCAAAAUUUGAGUUUUCGCUGUAUAUGUUAAAGUUAACUUUGCAUUCUUUGACACUAACUGGAUCGAACAAAGCGAAAUCGAGGAAUCCAGAGGUUUUGAUAAAAAAUAUUAACUCCAAAUAAUAUAAUCCAUUAUGAUUAAGUUUCAAUCCCACCGCUACUAAUUUUUCAACUGCCUUCAAAAUUCGACAAUAAUUUGCAUAGUGUUCAAUUUUUGCCUAGAGGAUUGUGGGUCCUAGUGGUAAAGUUCAAUGAAAACACGAUAUAUCGAUAUAUGCAUCAUUGACAAUUGGAAAAAGCAAGUAAGACUUGAAUGGGGCGAUUUAAUGCGAUGCGUCGAUCAAUUCGAAGCUUCAAAAUCGCCCCCUCUUCCCUGAGAAAUCCUAACUUUCUACACAUUGACGAAGCUUUGAAACCUAGAUGUUGUAGACCUUUUCUUUUGGACCGUUCGUUCGCGAAAGACUUGACACUUUUUGUUCAAAUUCCUCACCCCUUGUUCACUGCCCUGGGGGAGGAUGUUGAAGCUUUAAAUUUAUUGGCACACAACCUUGUAAUGUAGAUGGUACUUUAUUUCCGUAAGUAAGCUUCGUGAGAAGACACUUUUUUCCUUAAUGGGAAAUAUUUUCUUCAGAAGAGGCUAAAUUUUUUCAGGCAGAAGUGAAUUAAACCUUUCUCUGUAGUCAGUCGUUACAGCGAUUGAAAGCCUAGGAAAUGGCAAAUAGUGGAAUUAACUAUUUUUGCAGACAAACGAUUAGCGCUUUGUAACUCAAUGCUUCAUGGUGAAAAUAAAGUGUUAGAUAGGUCGA